CAGCAUCAUCAGCGCUGACGUGGAGACUACGUGAGCGAAGGCACAGGCAGUCCACUCAUACUGUAAUUAGUGACGAGUCCGACUACGUAAAACUUCGGUGACUGACUAUGGAGCCCUCAGUGUCAUCUGAGCUCGACAGCAGUUUGCACGACUCGGUGACAGAUGGAGAGGAGAACCACAGUGAAGCCAGCCUGUCUCCUGCAGCCCCUGCUCAGAUAUUUGUGGCAGCAGAGUCUCCCGGCGCGGCUGACAGUCGGGCGGCACAGGUCCAACGGGUCAUCCAGGCCCCUCAGACCUCUGUCAUACAGUCUCCACAAGUCCAGACUGUGCAGAGUGCUCCUGUAGCAGAGAUGGACGACCGCGAGUCCGUCACAGACACUCAGAAGAGACGCGAGAUUCUUUCUAGGCGUCCAUCUUACCGAAAAAUCCUUAAUGAACUUGCAUUGGAUUCGCCGGCCGUUCCUAAAAUCGAUGAGGAACAGACAGAGGAGGAGGUGCCAGUGUCAAGCGUGGCCUCAGUGUCGGCGCCAGCCUCCAUCUACCAGACCAGCUCAGGACAAUACAUUGCGAUCACUCAGGGGAGAGCCAUCCAGCUGGCCAGCCCUGGAGCUGAAGCCCUUCAGGGGGCCCAGACACUGACCAUGGCCAGCUCUCCCACCCUUCAGCCUGGAGCCACCAUUCUGCAGUAUGCAGCUCAACCUGGAGAAGCUCCACAGCAGUUUUACAUCCAGGGAGGACAGGUGCUCCUCCAAGCUGCCACAGGAGAUAUGCCCGCCUACCAGCUGCGGUCGCCAAACUCGAGCUUGGCUCAGAAUAUUGUGAUGGCUGCAUCCCCGGGCACCAUGCAGAGCCCGUCAUCACAGCAUGCCGAAGAGAUCACCCGCAAGAGGGAGGUCCGGCUGAUGAAAAACAGGGAGGCAGCCCGUGAGUGUCGCAGGAAAAAGAAGGAGUAUGUCAAAUGUCUGGAAAACCGCGUGGCUGUGUUAGAAAACCAAAACAAGACCCUGAUUGAAGAGCUGAAGGCUCUGAAGGACAUUUACUGCCACAAAGCCGAGUAGCGGCAUCUGUUUGUGGCCAUGGGCUGAAGACAGUGCUGUUUACGAACUGCUACAGCAAAACAAAACAAGACUUUGGAACAAAAACUGCUUUGACCGUCUUUGUUUCUCUGCUCAGUCGGGCCUGGUUUACGCCGACGUCAGAGGUGUCCCAGGGAAUUCGAAUAGUUUGAGCUUGCCAUUUAUGCUCUUGUUCUCAUCUUGUGCUCUUUGCAUGUGAAGACUCAAGUAUUGUACACACUAUGCUUGCUGUUGCUGUUGUGCACAGAUGAUUCCAGCCAAUGAGAGCCAGCUGAAGAGGAGGAACAGGAAGAGGAAAUGCAGGUGCUUCCUGAAAAUGCACACUCAAGUACAGAAAUUAUGGAAAACCCUGGGCAGGUCUGCCAGGUCUCACUACUGGCAAGUUCCUCUGAGGUCAGACGAGAUGCACACAAAGCUCCACAGGGCAACCACCAGCUGCAACCAGGCAGCUCACCUGUGUUUACCAGAGAAUGUCAUUUGUGUAUUUUAUGCUUUUUAGUCUAUUCAUGCAUUCCUACACAUGAAAACACAGUUAUGAAGACAUUUCUUGAAGCAUUUUGUCAAUGAAGCGGUUUCCUGGAUUUCAGCAACCUGUUUUCAGUUUGUAUUGACAUUCUUGAUUUGGUCAAAAAGUUUUUUUUCCAAAAAAUAAUACCAGCGAAGCAAAAGAAUCCAAAUGAAAAUCUUUUUCUGUUUGGCUGUUUAUGCACAGAAUCUAUAUGUUUAAAGCCAUUGUAGGGUAGCUUUAUCUGAAUCAAACCCUGCUUAACAAAAGUCCAAAAGAGUCUUUAUUUUCCAUCAGUAAAGUGAGUUGACUGUAGUAUUUGAAAUAACAGAGCACAGCUGCUCUUCAGUCACAGAAAGUACCAAAGUGUCAGUGUAGAUAUUAUGAGUUUUUAUUCAGUUUCACUCCAUUUUAUUAACUAGCUGUUAAACAUGUUUAAAAUGUGUCAGUUCUAUUUUAUCUCUCAAAACCUCAAUUUUUGUAGCUCAAGGAGUAACUUUUCAGUCAUGCAAACAUCAGUUGUAUCUAUCAAAUGAUGGAUAUCCAUUGUGGAUUAAUACUGUAUUUGGCUUGAUAUUAAAAUGCUCUGUUUAAAGGGUGAUGCCAAUUUCCUUCCCUUUUUAUAAUGUAAAGACAUUUUAUUCUAAUGAUUAUAUUGUGUCAAGGUUUCUGGCGAUAUAGAAAAUUGCUUGCUUUCUCUAUUUUGCUGUUUUUUUUUCUGCUGAGUCCUUGUACUUGUCAGGCCUGUAGAAACAAGCAUUUGUUGAUGGAACUGACUGUCUGUUGUGGCUGCCAAAGCUCUUUAAUUAACUGUUAGGUAUCUAAGUAUUGUUUUGCUCACUGACAGCAGUAUGAAUCAUCCUGUGGCAAUCUUGAUAUUUACCAACUAAAUGCCCUGUCAUUGUACGUAUUCACAAAUGAAAGCUCCUUCUGUUGAAUCCAAUAUUAAGGCAGGCGAGGAUAAGUUUUAAGUUUUCUUUGAUACAAGUCCAGUUUCUCUGCACUUAGUUUUUGAUGUUUCAAAUGGCUCCAUCUUUUAUCUUGGUGUACUUCUUGGUUUGAAUUGUAAAAACCUUUUGUUUAUCUAAUAAAAUACUGAAAGUCUG